AUGUCAUCCAGCCUCACCCCCCUCAAGCAACCCAUCGCACUGCGAACAGAAUACAUUGCAUCCCACCCAACGACCAUCCGAGUGAAACAGCACAGCAACAGCUGGUCCGGAGGCGACUUCACAAUCACAAAAUGUCCGACCGAUGAGUCUCCCCUCGCAGAGAAACUCUUCACAGUCGACGGGGACUUCAAGUCGAUCAGCCAGCGACGAUACUUCCAAGACGCCUCCGGUCUACCUUUAUUUGAGAUCGCCCAUAAGAGGCUCGGCGUGACAUGGUUUGUCCAUCUGCCUGGUGGGAGAGAGAGUGCGAGCUCCUCUCCCAUCGCGACAAUUGUGCCUCAAUGGCAUGCCCUCAAGGAUAAGUUUGAUGUCCAUUUGCACAAUGCCGCGGCGGAUGGAGAAGAAAUGGUACUGGAAGUGCGGGGGCAGGAUAUCUGGAAGUCGAAGACGCACGUUUAUUAUAACGGUGCCCUUGUCACAGCCAUUAAAUUGAAAGAUAUGGCCUCGGUGUAUAUACCCGGGAAACGACCGACGUGGGAGUUGGAGGUUGCUGAGGGAAUGGAUCUGUCUUUGGCUGCGAUUAUUGGGGUUGUUUUGGCUACGGUGUUGUACCAAAGUAGCUAUAAGGGAACGGCACCGAAGUCUGCCGAGUCAGACCCGGGUCCUGGAGUUGGAAGUAGUGGGAAGGAGUUAGCGCCAUAG